GGAAGCCGUAGGCCCUAGGUUCCCCGAGCCACCUCAGUCAGGAGCCAGUGCGCUCCGCAUCCCCGGAGCCCCACAGCCUCAGACCCCGGAGCCCUCGCGACCCGAAGUCCCCCGAGUCCCCCGGUGCCCUGCGCCUCGCGUCCCCGCGCGCUCCCCCAAGUCCCGGCGGCGGCCGGCCACCGCCCGACCCGGCGCAGAACGCUGCCUUCCUCCGUUGCACCGGUGCCAUGGCCGCCCCCGACCUGUCCACCAACCUCCAAGAGGAGGCCACCUGCGCCAUCUGCCUCGACUACUUCACGGACCCGGUGAUGACCGACUGCGGCCACAAUUUCUGCCGCGAGUGCAUCCGGCGCUGCUGGGGCCAGCCCGAGGGCCCGUACGCUUGUCCCGAGUGCCGCGAGUUGUCCCCGCAGAGGAACCUGCGGCCCAACCGCCCGCUCGCCAAGAUGGCCGAGAUGGCGCGGCGCCUGCAUCCGCCGUCGCCGGUCCCGCAGGGCGUGUGUGCCGCGCACCGCGAGCCGCUGGUGGCUUUCUGCGGCGACGAGCUGCGCCUGCUGUGCGCGGCCUGCGAGCGCUCGGGGGAGCACUGGGCUCACCGCGUGCGCCCGCUGCAGGACGCGGCCGACGAUCUCAAGGGCAAGCUGGAGAAAUCCCUGGAGCAUCUACGGAAGCAAAUGGAGGAUGCAUUGCUGUUUCAGGCCCAGGCGGAGGAGACCUACUCGUUGUGGCAGAAGAUGGUGGAGAGCCAGCGGCAGAACGUGCUGGCGGAGUUUGAGAGACUGCGCCGGCUGCUUGUGGAGGAGGAGCAGCGGCUGCUGCAGAGGCUGGAGGAGGAGGAGCUGGAGGUGCUGCCCCCCCUGCGGGAGAGCGCGGCCCAGCUCGGGCAGCAGAGCACCCAGCUGGCCGAGCUCAUCAGCGAGCUGGAGGGGCGCUGCCAGCUACCAGCGCUCGGGCUGCUGCAGGACAUUAGGGACACCCUGCGCAGGGUCCAGGAUGUGAAGCUACAGCCUCCUGAGGUGGUGCCCAUGGAAAUGCGGACGGUGUGCAGGGUCCCGGGGCUGGUGGAGGCCUUGCGGAGGUUUCGAGGGGACAUCACCCUGGAUCCUGACACCGCCAACCCCGAGCUGAUCCUGUCGGAGGACAGGAGGAGCGUGCGGCGUGGGGACCUGCGGCAGGCCCUGCCCGACAGCCCCGAGCGGUUCGACCCUGGGCCUUGCGUGCUGGGCCGGGAGCCCCUGACGUCGGGCCGCCACUACUGGGAGGUGGAGGUCGGGGAGCGGGCCAGCUGGGCCCUGGGCGUCUGCAGGGAGGACGCCAACCGCAAGGAGAAGGGCGAGCUGUUUGCGGGGAACGGGUUCUGGCUCCUCGUGUUCCUGGGGAGCUACUACAACUCCUCCGAGCGGGCGUUCGCCCCCCUCCGAGACCCGCCUCGGCGUGUGGGCAUCUUUCUGGACUAUGAGGCCGGACAUCUAUCCUUCUACAGCGCCAGCGAUGGGUCGCUCUUGUAUACCUUCCCUGAGACGCCUUUCUCGGGAACGCUGCGGGCCCUCUUCUCACCUCUGUCCAGCAGCCCGACCCCUAUGACCAUCUGCAGGCUGAAAGGUGGGCCUGGAGACAUGCUGGCUCCCCAGUGAGCAGGCCUCUCAACAAUCCCCUUGUCCUGCCUUCUGAGUCCUCAAGCCACUUGGAAAACCCGAGAGAAGGGUACUUGUUCUCUGAGCUAUGGCGAGCACGCAUAGUGCCACUCGGAUAUGUGCCGCAGAACUGAACUCUGUCGCUGCCGCUCCCAGGAAGCCGUGUGCAAGACUGUGUGGGGUGGGACCCUCCAAGGUCAGCAGGUGCCGAGACCAGACCCCAUUUGCCAAUGUGUCACCCACAGCCCUUGGCAGAGCCCUGAGCCUGGGGCCCCGGUAGCUCUGGUUCCAGGAGCCUCCCCAGCCUGCCCUGCCCAGCCUCAGUCUAGGGUGAGACACCAGGGCCUGCAGAACUUUGGCUGCAACUUGAGCCCCCAAAACCCUGGGGCCGCACCUCGGGAAAGCUGCUGUCCUGUGAGGCUGCUGGCCAAGAGGUGGCUCCAAGCCUACCAGCCUGUCUUGGGGUCUGGUCCUGCAAAACUGGAUGCGGUUGACUCCCAUUAAUUGGGGUGCAGCAGAGUCCUCAGGAGACAGGUGAUAUGGGAAAGGCCAGAGGAAGGGAACUGGGAGCAAGUCACUGAAUAAAGGGGGUUGAUUAACUAGAACACACAGGCGCCCUCAAAUCCCCCUGAGCGUGGCCCAUUUGGGGCUUCUGGAAAAUGCUCCCUCCCUGGCCCCUAGUGCAGAAGUUCAGAUCUGGGAGGUCUGGGGGCCUGGAAGUGAGUGCAAGGUUCAGAAAUGACGCAACCUCGUGGUUUCCAUCUGAGCGGGGCUGAGAACAGCCAGCUGGCGUGGCCCGCACAAAUGCCUCUUCAGUGGCCCGUGGGGCUGUCCCUGAGCUCAGAACCCAGAGUCUCACCCCUGCCUGGGGCAAGGGGUGAGGCCACAGAGAGCCCUGGCUUACAGAAUCCAGGAUUUCAUUUUGCUUUAAGUUUCGGCAGCUUCUUCACCCUUCUUAAGAAGGUGUGGUGCAGAGAAGCUAGAUUUUAUUAAUGGUAAGGACUACUCUCACAGUAAAGAAACUAACAGUUGUCUGUAGGCCCUUUACCUUUAAGGUGGGGGGGUGUGGGGCAGCCCUCCAGAGGGUCGCCCCUGGGAGAGGGGAUACGGAAGCAAGCUGCUCACUGGCACAGUCAGGGAUGCACCUGCCGCUCACACCUGCACGGCAGCUCCCAGAUGUGGUCUCCGCGUUCUUUGCUCAACACGUGUGUUCAUUUCGUGCAAAUACUGUGGGAAUUUGUUCCUUUUUUUUUUUUCUUCCAGAUAACCUGAUAAACAUUUCCCAUGUUCCACCGUG